CAGUCCCCGGAACCUGUACAGAGUGUAAGCCAAAAUGGAAGAUGGUCCUGUUUUCUAUGGCUUUAAAAACAUUUUUAUUACCAUGUUUGCAACUUUUCUUUUCUUCAAGCUUUUGAUUAAAGUUUGUUUGGCUCUCCUAACCCAUUUCUAUAUCGUCAAAGGAAAUAGAAAAGAAGCGGCUAGGAUAGCUGAAGAGAUCUAUGGUGGAGUAUCAGACUGCUGGGCUGAUCGAUCCCCACUUCAUGAAGCGGCAGCCCAGGGGCGCUUACUGGCCCUUAAAACUUUAAUUGCACAGGGUGUCAAUGUGAACCUUGUGACAAUUAACCGGGUCUCUUCCCUCCACGAGGCAUGCCUUGGAGGCCAUGUAGCCUGUGCUAAAGCUUUAUUGGAAAAUGGUGCCCAGGUCAAUGGAGUGACGGUUCAUGGAGCCACACCCCUCUUCAGUGCUUGCUGCAGUGGCAGUGCUGCAUGUGUCAACGUGUUGCUGGAGUUCGGAGCCAAGGCCCAGCUCGAGGUGCACCUGGCUUCCCCCAUCCAUGAGGCAGUGAAGAGAGGUCACAGAGAGUGCAUGGAGAUUCUGCUGGCAAAUAACGUGAACAUUGACCAAGAAGUGCCUCAACUCGGAACUCCCCUAUAUGUGGCCUGCACCCACCAAAGGGUAGAUUGUGUGAAGAAACUUCUAGAAUUAGGAGCCAGUGUUGACCGUGGCCAAUGGCUGGACACCCCUCUCCAUGCUGCAGCGAAGCAGUCCAGCGUGGAGGUCAUCCACCUGCUGAUAGACUAUGGGGCUAACCUGAAGUGCAGAAACGCUCAGGGCAAAAGUGCACUUGAUCUGGCGACCCCGAAAAGCAGUGUGGAGCAGGCGCUCCUGCUCUGGGAAGGCCCGCCUGCUCUUUCCCAGCUCUGUCGCCUGUGUGUCCGGAAGUACUUGGGUCGAGCAUGUCAUCAAAGCAUCCACAAGCUACAUCUGCCGGAGCCACUGCAAAGAUUCCUCCUCUACCAGUAGUCCCAAAUGUACAUGGAAGGUCUUGGAAAUAAUCAAGUUGUUGUCUGCUGUGCACAGGGUACCUAGUGUAUAUGCCCAAUAGCUAGACUCAGUAUCUUCAAAAGAGCUAAGCCAAUUAGAUUAAGUCCCUGAUGAACUGGAAACCCUUAGGAAGUGGAAACUCCUGGUUAGUUUAACAUUCUCAUUAACCAUGGGGCAAUCAGAAACCUUUCAGUUUUAGCACUUGUUAAGAAACUUUAAAAACAACUUUGAGGCCUGGCCAGUUUGGAUCAGAGG